AUGGAAGCAGUUGUUCGUCAAGCUGACCUGAAGCGAAAGAGUGUGGCAUUGGAGGACUCGAGAGACGACGAAACAAUGGACGAAUUGUUAGGAAAAUAUGAAGAUGUUGCAGUGCGAUGUAUUAAGCUAGAACACGAACUGAGUGAUUCGAAUCGUCGAAUGACACUGAUGGAAAGUCUGGUGAAAAAGGCGAAUGAGGAGCGUGAUGUUGCGAAAGAUUCGUUGAAGAAAAUUCAACUUAUGCCAGAACUCGAAGAAGUACGUGGACGACGUGCGCGUUCAAUCAGUCCAGGUCAGGAAGUUUUCUUAUGA